AUGGCAAAUGAAAUGGCUAAUAAGGUUUUGAUGCUCAUUGCCUGUAAAGUAAUGGGUCGAACCCUUGCCACUCAUGUCUUUAUGCUGCUUGUGUUAACCAAAUUUGUUGGUAUUGCAGCGGAGGCAAACAACAUGGAUUAUAUUUCCCUGAAGAUUCUGAUGCAAGCGUGGGACAUAAGUUGGGUGGGCUCAGAUCCUUGUGAUGGCUGGAAAGGUAUUGACUGCACGAAUGCACGUGUUACGUCGAUAAUAUUGGCAGGCAUGGGUUUGAGAGGUCAGCUACCCAGCGAUAUCCAGUUGUUGUCCGAGCUAGAGACUCUGGACCUAUCUUUGAAUAAGGACCUGACCGGACCAAUUCCAACAUCAAUUGGAAACUUGAAAAAACUAGUGAACUUAAACCUUGCUGGCUGCAGUUUCUCUGAGCCUAUUCCUCACACUAUAGGAACUUUGAAGAAUCUAUAUUAUCUAGAUCUGAAUAACAAUAGACUGAGUGGGCAAAUUCCGCCUUCAAUUGGUGCUCUUUCAAAUCUUUUCUAUCUGGACCUAACUAGCAACAAACUUCAAGGAUACAUCCCAGUCAGUAGUGAGGUUACACCGGGUCUUGAUAUGUUACACAAGGCGCAGCAUUUUCAUUUAGGAGACAAUCAGCUCUCAGGCGAAAUUCCAACUCAACUUUUCAGCUCAAAGAUGGUUCUGGUGCACUUGCUCUUGGAUAGAAAUAAUCUAACUGGCGAGAUCCCUUCCACACUCGGACUUGUACAGACUCUGGUGACAGUGCGCCUUGAUUGGAAUUCAUUAAGUGGGCUGGUGCCUUCAAGCCUCAACAAUCUUUCAAACAUGACUGUACUGUACUUGUCUAACAAUCAGUUGAUUGGCCCAGUACCAAACCUUACCGGCAUGAAUCCUCUCAACUAUGUGGAUAUGAGUAAUAAUACUUUUGAUGUGUCAGAAGUUCCUGAUUGGUUUUCAACCUUGCAGUUCUUGACGACAUUAAUAAUGGAAAACACACGGCUUCAGGGACAAGUUCCUCAAGCCCUAUUUGGCUUUUACAAUUUGCAGACAGUGGUACUAAGGAACAACAGUCUCAAUGGCUUCUUGGAUAUUGAAACCAAUUACGGCAACCAACUGCGACUAAUUGAUUUGGAAAAUAACUCCAUUACUAAUCUUACACAAAGUGGAGAAUCCAACUAUACAUUGAUACUUGUUGGUAAUCCAAUUUGUAAUCAGACAAACAUGGCCAAGAAUUAUUGCAUUGUUUCUUCAUCAGAUUCCUUAUACUCAACACCACCAAAUAACUGUGCGCCCAUUGGCUGUAGUUCGGGAAAAGUAUCCAGCCCGAAUUGUAAAUGUGCACAUCCUUACACAGUAACUCUAGUCUUCUUAUAUGUCAGUUUCUCAGACUUUGGAAACUCAACUUAUUACACAGAGCUAGAGAUCUCUCUCAUCCAAUCUUUUCGGACUUACAACAUUCCUGUGGAUUCAGUUUCUCUGGGUUCUCCUUUCUUCGACUUAUUUUAUAACUUUCACCUGAUCCUAGAGGUUUUCCCAUCUGAUCAAGAUCACUUCAACAAAUCAGAAGCUUCAGCACUUGCUUCUGUGCUUAGUAACCAGACUCUCCCACGUCCCCCGUAUUUUGGACCCUUCUCUGUUGCAUUAAAUUAUGCUCACUUCGGAGGAUCAAACAAGGCCUUGAUAAUUGGUGCAGCAGUUGGCUGUUCUGUGCUGCUGCUAUCAAUAGCACUUGUAGGGGUUUAUGCUCUCCAACGAAAGAGGAGAGCAAAUGAUCAACGGAGCAGAGCCCCUUUGCACGCUUGGAUAUCAAAAAGCAGUCUUCCUCAGUUAAAAGGAGCAAGAUUGUUUUCUUUUAAAGAGCUUAAGGAUUGCACCAAUAGUUUUUCAGAAGCAAAUGAUAUUGGUUCCGGGGGUUAUGGAAAUGUGUAUCAGGGAGUACUUCCAACAGGCGAAAUGGUUGCCAUUAAACGAGCUAAAAGGGAAUCUAUCCUGGAAGGGAUUGAGUUCAAAGCUGAGGUUGAGCUGCUUUCAAGGGUACAUCAUAAGAAUCUUGUGAGCCUUGUUGGUUUUUGUUUGGAGCAAGAUGAACAAAUGUUGGUAUACGAGUAUGUUCCAAAUGGUAACUUGAUGGAUAGUCUUUCAGGGAAGUCAGGAUUUAGGUUGAACUGGAUGAGAAGACUUAAAGUAGCCCUUGGCGCAGCGAGAGGACUGGCCUAUCUUCAUGAGCAUGCAACCCCAUCUAUUAUACACCGGGAUGUUAAACCAAACAAUAUCCUACUAGAUAAAGAUUUAAAUGCAAAAGUUGCCGAUUUUGGUCUCUCCAAGUCUAUGGCUGGUAGUGGAAGGGAUCACGUGACUACUCAAGUUAAGGGGACAAUGGGGUACCUGGAUCCUGAAUAUUAUAUGACUCAACAGUUGACUGAGAAGAGCGACGUGUAUAGCUUUGGCGUGGUAAUGUUGGAGCUGAUAACUGCUAGAAGGCCAAUAGAGCGUGGGAGGUAUAUUGUGAGAGUGGUACAGAUGACAAUGGAUAGGAAAAAAGAUUUGUACAACCUGCAAGAAAUUCUUGAUCCAGCCAUCGGUUUAGUAACACAGCUGAAAGGUUUAGAAAUGUUUGUCGAUCUGGCAAUGUCGUGUGUAAAAGAAUUACGAGCUAGAAGGCCUAGAAUGGGGGAAGUGGUGAAAGAGAUAGAGAACAUUAUACAGAUUGCAAGUUUGAACGCCGGAGCAAAUUCAGCAUCCACUUCAGCAGGUUAUGAGGAUGUGAGUAAGGAUAGUAGCGAGGAUCCCUACAGCGGUCAUGUCCUUGAUCAUAGUCGGGUUUUCAACCUACAAAGAUAGAGGCACAGGGAGAAUGAUAUGCAUUUAGAAUGUUGAACUCGGUAGAAGUCGGAUAGCUCUAUUG